ACCAAGUCCUUCCCGGUUGCAGGUCCCCCCGAGCCCGGGCGCGAGGAGCCGCCGGCCGGAGGCCCGGUCGGGGGGAUGUGGAGCCGGCGCUGCGUCCGCCGCGGGUUCGGGCCGAGGGCGAGCGAGUCCGGGCCGAGGGCGAGCGAGGGCGGGCGCGGGGCCGCUCGGCCGCCCUCCCCGCCUCGCGCCGUAGCGCAGUCCCAAGAUGGCGGCCACCAUGAAGAAGGCGGCUGCAGAAGACGUCAAUGUCACUUUUGAAGAUCAACAAAAGAUAAACAAAUUUGCACGGAAUACAAGUAGAAUCACAGAGCUGAAGGAAGAAAUAGAAGUAAAAAAGAAACAACUACAAAACUUAGAAGAUGCCUGUGAGGACAUCAUGCUUGCAGAUGAUGACUGCUUAAUGAUACCUUAUCAGAUCGGCGAUGUUUUCAUUAGUCAUUCUCAAGAAGAAACACAAGAAAUGUUAGAAGAAGCCAAGAAAAAUUUGCAAGAAGAAAUUGACGCCUUAGAAUCCAGAGUGGAAUCAAUUCAGCGGGUGUUAGCAGAUUUGAAAGUUCAGUUAUAUGCAAAAUUUGGGAGUAACAUAAACCUUGAAGCUGAUGAAAGUUAAACAUUUUAUAAAAUUUUUUUUAAUUUGUUUAAUAAACUUGGAAUAUUGUUUAAAAUGAUAAUUUCCCUUCUUCAAAUGAAAUGGAAAGCAAAACUUUUUUUAAAUUUUUCAUUUAUUUAAUGGAAACUUGCCUAUUUUCACGUCUUGCUUAUUUAUUUUAUAUUUUUAAAAGAAGACAGUAUUCAUCUAUGUAUUUUGCAUAACAAUUAUAUCAAGUGUAGGGGCUUUAUGUCAUGUUAUUAAAAUCAGUUAAGCAAUC